AUGUUGCAUUUGUUGAAUGUCAAAAUGGCAGCCCACAUGACUGCCUGCAAACAUUUUCUAAAAUAUCAAUCAGUUCCACUAUUUUCGCAGUUGUUGUGUGACAGUGGUAGAGUAAACAGAAAUGUAUGUAUUUUACCAUUGGAAUAGAUUGUGAAUAGCGCUUUGUGUUCAUUAGCCAAUUUAGUGCUGUAGUUAGAGCUAUGGCUAGCACCAGCAGUUUAGUUCUGAGACUCAGUCAGUCUCAGUGUUUCAUCAAGGACAUCACUCAGUUUGUUUUUUUAUGAUAAUCAUUGGAACUAGGCACGAUGACUAAAGAGGGAAUGAAGAAACCCAUGAGUGCCAAAGGGCCCAGAGUGCAGGCAUAUUGCUGCUUUGGGCACUCUCAAUUAGUCUAGUUUGGAUGCCCAGCCACCACAGGCCCGCUUAAUUGCCGCUUAAUUUAGGAAUAUUUGAAUAUUCGGCUAAUGGUAGUUAUGGAUGCCACAACAUUCAGGCUAGGCAUAGGGAUUGAUUUAGGGUUCAGGCUAGGCAUAGGGAUCGAUUUAGGGUUCAGGUUAGGCAUAGGGAUCGAUUUAGGGUUCAGGUUAGGCUAGGCAUAGUAGAUACUUUGGUUAAAAAUUUGGCUAAUAUUGUUAUUAUUACCCAUGACGUCAUUUGCAUAUUUAUUUAAAAUUUGUGCAAGGAAAGGCAGGAGUCAUUCCCCUUUGUUGAUAUUGUUGUUAAUUUUAUUGGAUGAAGUGUCGGAAGUGGUGGCGGCGAAGGAAUAUUUUAAUAACCGGUUGGAACAAGAUUUCGUGUGAAUAAUUAACGAAGAUUCAAAGAAAAGUUAAAUUUUGUGGUUUUAAAACUGAAAUUUUAUGUUUUUGGAAUUCAUGCAGAGAGUGUGGAAUUGUCAGAAUGUUAGAAAUAUUGAUGAAAAAUAGAGAAAUUAAUUUUCGUAUAUGGUACUUGAAAAUCAUGCGGAUCUAGAAAGGUGUGAUUAAAUAUUACGUCACUGUCGUCUUAUUGUGCUCCGGUGUCCAGCGGUAAGUUCAAAAUAUCCAAAAUUGUCAUGGGGAGGAGCAGUUCGACUCAUAUCUAUAUGAAUAUAUGUGGCGACGCUCGUGUGGCAAUAAAGAUCAAAUGAGGGAAUUUUUAAAUGUCAUAAAUAAAAAUUGUGUAUCCGCCCCAUUUACGAGAUCUUGCUUCGUAAAGAGUGAGUAAAAUAAUGAAUUAUCAUUUGAAAAUUUCAUUGUUUUUUGUUGCUUUUUAAAAUCGUCCAUUACCAUGCAUUUCUGAAUUUUAGGGUUAAGGUUAGGGUUUAUUGUUAGGUUUAGGGUUAGGUUUAGGGUUAGGGUUAAGUUUAGGGUCAGGGUUAGGGUUAGGGUAAGGUUAGGUUUAGGGUUAGGUUUAGGGUUAGGGUAAGGUAAGGUUUAGGGUUAGGUUAGGGUUAGGUUCAGGGUUAGGUUUAGGGAUAGGUUUAGGGUUUAGGAUCCAGGUUAGGGAUUUGCGCCAUCAAAUUUUUGCUACUUUUUCAAAAAUUUAAAAAAAAAAAUUCAAAUUUUACUCGUUUUUUACAUAUUUUUUAAAAAAAUCAUUUUUCUUAAAUUUCAAAAUUUAAUAGUUUUUUACAAUUUUUUUUAAAUUACAAAACCAAAUUUUUCGUUGAUUUUUUAUUUUUUUCCGAAAAAAUUUUUUUCUUCCAUUUCUUUAAAUUUUACAUUUUCUUUAAAAUAUUUUUCACAGAUUACUAUAUAUUUGUGUGUUUUCCUAUCUUGAAAAUUAAAUUUUCUUGUAAUAUUGCUUAUUUGGCUAAUAUUGUUAUUAUUACCCAUGACGUCAUUUGCAUAUUUAUUUAAAAUUUGUGCAAGGAAAGGCAGGAGUCAUUCCCCUUUGUUGAUAUUGUUGUUAAUUUUAUUGGAUGAAGUGUCGGAAGUGGUGGCGGCGAAGGAAUAUUUUAAUAACCGGUUGGAACAAGAUUUCGUGUGAAUAAUUAACGAAGAUUCAAAGAAAAGUUAAAUUUUGUGGUUUUAAAACUGAAAUUUUAUGUUUUUGGAAUUCAUGCAGAGAGUGUGGAAUUGUCAGAAUGUUAGAAAUAUUGAUGAAAAAUAGAGAAAUUAAUUUUCGUAUAUGGUACUUGAAAAUCAUGCGGAUCUAGAAAGGUGUGAUUAAAUAUUACGUCACUGUCGUCUUAUUGUGCUCCGGUGUCCAGCGGUAAGUUCAAAAUAUCCAAAAUUGUCAUGGGGAGGAGCAGUUCGACUCAUAUCUAUAUGAAUAUAUGUGGCGACGCUCGUGUGGCAAUAAAGAUCAAAUGAGGGAAUUUUUAAAUGUCAUAAAAAUUGUGUAUCCGCCCCAUUUACGAGAUCUUGCUUCGUAAAGAGUGAGUAAAAUAACGAAUUAUCAUUUGAAAAUUUCAUUGUUUUUUGUUGCUUUUUAAAAUCGUCCAUUACCAUGCAUUUCUGAAUUUUAGGUUUAGGGUUAGGUUUAGGGUUAGGUUUAGGGUCAGGGUUAGGGUCAGGGUUAGGUUUAGGGUUAGGUUUAGGGUCAGGUUUAGGGUUAGGUUUAGGGAUAGGUUUAGGGUUUAGGAUCCAGGUUAGGGAUUGGCGCCAUCAAAUUUUUGCUACUUUUUCGAAAAUUUCAAAAAAAAAAUUCAAAUUUUACUCGUUUUUUACAUAUUUUUUUAAAAAUCAUUUUUCUUAAAUUUCAAAAUUUAAUAGUUUUUUACAAUUUUUUUUAAAUUACAAAACCAAAUUUUUCUUUGAUUUUUUUUUUUUUUCCGAAAAAAUUUUUUCUUCCAUUUCUUUAAAUUUUACAUUUUCUUUAAAAUAUUUUUCACAGAUUACUAUAUAUUUGUGUGUUUUCCUAUCUUGAAAAUUAAAUUUUCUUGUAAUAUUGCUUAUUUUCGAUCUUUCGGUAAGUUUUUUGAUAAAACGCAUUCUCCCCAACCGUUCCCUUUUUGUACAAUACGUGUCUUUGCACUACUUUUUAUUUUUGGGGUCGGCCGCCAUCUUGGUUGACAUGAUCCGUGACCUUCUCACGGAUCAUGUCAACAAAGAUGGCGGCCAUGCUUGGGAAACCCCGGGUACCACUCUCAACAUUUACCAAAAAUUUAAACAUUUUGUAAAAAUAAACCAAUGGCACAGUUGAAUAGAGCUAAUUUUUUACAGAAUUAUAACACCAAAAUCAUAUUUUUAGCUGUUGUAGUUUUAAAGUUAUGAAUUUUGUCAUUUUUUAACAUGGACUGCAUCUCCACAUUCUGUGACCUCAUUCCACUGAUCGCAGCAUGCGCAAUGACUAUACAGUUUAUAUAAGGCAACGCAUUCCCUAUCACUAAAAUACUGUUUAGGGUCGACUUAUUUUAAACUUUCAACUUUGGCACAUGAAUAAUUAAUUAAAGCUUUUCCUGACCAAUGGUUUAAUAGAUUUUGCACACGGCAAACUCUUAUGAAUGAAACUCUGAGACAGUACUACGAUAUAGCCGUUAUGCAUGUGGCUGUGAAUGGUUGCUAAUGACAACGUGUUGCACAGGGAAAAUUCUGAUCAUUUAUAAUAUGGACUCUACAAGGGUUUUUAAAGCUCAAAUUAAAACAUUCCAGUUUAAAUGUCUUCAUAAUGCAUUCUGAAACACAAAAUAUAAAAUAUUUUGAUGUAUAUAGUGGUUAUAAUUAAAUAUUUCCUAAGUAUCGGCAACUUCCGCCAUUAAAAAGGGGGCGUGGCCCACGCCAUGUCGAAAUUAGGCUGAGCCACCUUAUGGUGAUAUGGGUCACUGUGACAAGCGUAACAAACGUGAGACACGACCUACAUCAAUGAAACUUGGCACAGAUAUAGAUCAAUAUCUAAUGCUCAUACAGAUUUAAUCAAAAAGGACCUUAUCUUAUUAUUUCACCAAAAAAUUUUAAUGCGAAGAUGUCUUAUAUAUACCAAAGAUUUUCAAAAUAAAGGUCGAUUGAAAAAAGCAAAAUAGCUGGCUAGAAAUGUAGGCCAAGAUGUCUACCAAAUUAUAAGGCCGGAAACAGAACUCAAAUAUAUGUCGAAAGAACUAAUUUAAUAAUAAAUAGACACACACAUCGGAAAAUUUAAAACUCUGAUUUUUCGGCGCCGACACCCAUUUCCGAUACAAAAAAAGUAGUAGUCUCCCUUGUUUCAUCGAAGUAUCUAGGCAUAGUGACCGAUUUAGGGUUCAGGUUAAGCAUAGGUGUCAACCAAGAUGGCGCCCUUUGAGAAAAUAGUGGCAUCCUACUCAUCAUUUACCGAAUAUUCUAUAAGUUAAGUCUAAGUCCAUCAUUCUAGUCAACUUACUGUAUACCGCAUAUAUUUUGAAUUUUUUAAAAACUGAAUCUGCAGAGACUUUGUUCACCUCAAAUUAGGCUAUGGCUUAUAUGAUAUUAUUUAUAAUAUGUGAGGAAGGGGUAAAUUUGGACUAUCCUCGCCAUGAUGUUUCACAUGGCCGCCAUCUUAGUUGUCAUGACCCCUGAAAGGUUGUCAUAAAAAAAAAAGUGAAAAAUUCAACAAAUUAAAAAUAAAUAUGUUUAAAAGUUUGUAAAAAAACAUCCAAAUUUUAUAAGAUAAUUUCAGCCAAUAAAUUUUGUCGCAGGCAAAGCUACUUUAUUGAGUAAUCUUGGAGUUCAGGUGCAUAUAUUAUUUCUGAUCAAAUUUCUUAUUAUCGCAUGUAAACUUACGUGUAUUCUUUAUAAAAUUUAGUCCAGAUAGUAUUAGUUUAACACUAAAUUCAAACAGCCCUAACUUUUCUUUUUAUUGGUUUUUACAGCCCCCAUUGGUACAUAGCCUUUAACGUAAACGAUCUCUCCAUUUUCUUGGUUUUUUUUAAAGUCACCCUACAUGUCAGAUUGCUAUUUUUCAACUGAAAGCAUAUUCACAAAAAACGAAACAAGAAAUUAGAUUUAUAAUAAAUUGUACCAAAAUUAUUUAUUGAUGCUUAACUUCUCAAACUAAAAGCAUGUUUACAAAAUAAAUUUAUAUAAAAUUGGCAUGUAUAUUGGCUAGUUUUAGGAAAAAUUAAAAUUAUGAGUUCAUUACCCUUCAGUACCGGUUUUUGAAUAUGGAUAAUCGAGUGUGUGUGUACUUGUUCUUCUUCCAUUCACCCCAUGCCCAUGCAGGAGCCUUUGUUUGGAAUUAUAUUUAUAUUUAUACACCCCAUAUAAGAAAAAAAAAAUGUUUGGGCCCCUAUAAAAUAACGGAACAUCUAGUUAAGUUACACCCCACCCUUAGAAGAAUAUACGAUAAUAUGAAAUUUGAUCAGAAAUAAUAUACACACCUUAACUGCAAGAUUACCCUUUAUUGUAUCCAUCUAGAUAUUUGACAAGACAUCUCAACGACCUGUGGUCCCUUUUAGACAUAAUUUCAGCUGGUACAUGCUCAUUUCCCUCAACUAAAACAUGUGUGUGGCUACAGUUGCACUGUGGUAAAGAAAAAUGUAAAAAUGAAGACAAAAACAAUACAAAAUAAUGAAAACCUAACUUACAGUUUUAUAGAAUACACUUUUGCACAAUAUUUUAAGUUCCACCGAAAACAAAAUCCAAAAGAUGUCAAAAAAUCAAUUAAAUACAAUAUUGUCAAUAUCGUAGCCAUUUUCCAAAAUGAUCAAAGAUUACAAUAUUAUAAUUAACCAACCAAUGAAAUUUUAAUUUAAAACAUUCCAUCGUCUUAUUAAAGAAAAGUUAAUUGUAGUAACAACAACUCAGAGGGGAGUGAAUCCAACACAGGAAUUUAAACAUGUAAAUGGCCUCGUGGUACGGAUUGUCUAUUUUAGCAGAGGAAGGAAAGCAUUGCAUUGGGCUCUACCCAUCACAUUUUAUCCCAGACCUGUUUACUCUUAUGAUUUAUGUGUACGAUGUACAAUUUUGAGAUGUCUCUUACGAUUGUACGCCUAGACCUGUCAAAACUACAAUUUGAAGAGGCUGGGUUGAGAAUAUAUACAUUCUGAUAGUUUUUCCAAUUUAAAAACAAAAUUAAUCAAAAAGUUUAUUUUCAGUUGUUAAUUUUAACUUACAUUCACAUUCUAAUUCUACAUCCAGCAGUGAAUGGAUUGAGAAAUAAGAUUGGUUGGGGACCAUCUAUAAAUAUAUUACAUUUGCUUUGAGAGAGGAAUGGAGUGGUGUUGAUUUAGGAGAAUGGGGGGGGGGGCUGGCUAAAUAUUUAAGUCUUAAUAUUAACAUUAACACAGUCACAUUUGGUAAUGAUAGUAGUGAUGUUCAUAGUGUUACUUUGUGUUUACAUAAUGAACUCACUUCUUUGAGAGAGGAAUGGAGUGGUGUUGAUUUAGGAGAAUGGGGGGGGGGGGGCUGGCUAAAUAUUUAAGUCUUAAUAUUAACAUUAACACAGUCACAUUUGGUAAUGAUAGUAGUGAUGUUCAUAGUGUUACUUUGUGUUUACAUAAUGAACUCACUCUCACAUAUCUGCAGCAGAUGUGGAAAAAUGUGCAAAACACCCCCCCACCCCUCUGCCUGCAGAGCAGUAGAAGGACUAUUUUGUGAAGUAAAGGGGAUUUUAUAGUUUAAUUCUUUAAUAAGGUCAUUUCUAAAAGACUUUUUGCGCCUGUUGUUCUUCGCCCCACUCUCAUGGCCCUGCCUGAGGACAAGCACUCUGGGCAAUGUGGCAUAUAUUCUUGGAACCAAACAAAAAUAUAUUCUUGCUGAACAGCCAGUGGUGAAAACCCUUGACACAUUUUGUUAACUGUGGCAUAAUAAUUAUAUAAAGAUGGUUGUUGUUUUUUUCGCAGGGGGGGGAGGGGAGGGAGCUCAUUGAAUGUAGGGGGGGGAGGGAGCUCAUUGAAUGAAGGGGGGGGGAGGGAGCUCAUUGAAUGUAGGGGGGAGGGGCAAAAAAAGUAUUGUGUGGGAGGGGGAAUUUGAGUUUUUUGUUUUGGUGCUGUAUGAUGUAAUUUUAUGACAUAAUUAUUUCUUAUGGCUGAACCGUGGUGAGUGCAGAAAUGAAGAAAACUAAAGAAUGCAUUCUCAACUGUUCUGCGGGGCAUUAGAUUUCAAAACAUUUUAUAGGAUUUGACGUUGCCGUUGAAAUCUGUUUUAAAAACACACAAAACAGCUGUACAAUGUUUAAUACCCCCUCUUCUUUUCACCCAUUUACAGCUUGUAGUACUUAUCAGACUAAUAUGAUAUCUUAACGGGACAUAAUAAGUGUUCACUCAUAGUAUUAUUCACGAGGGGCACCUAACAGUCAGAAAUAUUUCUGUUAAACUAUACAUCUGUAAGCCUUGCACCUUCAAAAAUGUACUAAAUCAUAGAAGUGAAGUAUUUAAUGUAUUUCAAUGGGAAGGUUCUUUUACUGAAAUACCAAGUGAUGUGCCCUGCAUAAAUAUUUAUAUUUUAUAUUAUUGAUGUUCACUAUUCUGAAGUUGGUCUAAAAGAACCUGAGUAUUUGUAAAUUUAUAAAUUUUGUUGAGUAUCCGGUCGGCCAAUUUUAUUCAUCCUACUGGUUUUAUCUAACCAUUGAAUGAUAACCCAUGCUCAAGCACUCAACCAAUGCAUACUUCAGUCAUGUGCACCACUGUCCACAGUAAUCCUUCUCAUCCACUCUCAAAACAAACCUCUCCCUCCAUUCGCUCCUUCUUCUAUAUCUAUUGGCAACUCUGACAUCACACUCUCUCCCUCUGCCAGAAACCUUGGAGUCACGCUUACAGACACCCUCUCCAUGGACAAACAUGUCACGAAUAUAUGCAGAUCAGCAUAUAAUGAAAUUAGAAAAAUCAGCACCAUUAGACACCUCCUCUCCGUUGAUGCCACAAAAACUCUCGUCUCUUCACUCAUUCUUUCAAAAUUUGACUACUGUAACACUCUUCUCGCAGGCAUUCCUCAACACCACAUAGACAAACUUCAGAAGGCACAGAACUCAGCAUGCAGUACAUUCAACCACACAUGCGGCAACUCCACUGGCUUCCAAUAUCCUCUCGCAUCAAAUACAAGUCUGCCAAUCUUUGCUUCAACUCGUUCACUGACCCUCACUUUCCUGUCUAUCUCUCUGAACUGUUGCUUCCUUACAUCCCCACAAGACAACUACGUUCUUCCAUUGACAGUAGAACCCUCUCAAUCCCAAGAACCAAAACUAAGACCAUCGGUGAACGCUCCUUCCACUUCCAUGGGCCCACGUUCUGGAACCAGCUCCCCUUCCAUAUCCGUCAUUGUGAAACCUCGUCCAUUUUCAAAAAGUCCCUUAAAACUCAUCUGUUUAGGUCCGCCUAUGUCCUGUGAUGCACCCUCCUUGCCCUGCCUCAUUUUCUGUUUCGGGUUGAUCCUGUAUAGGCCAAAACGUGUCAAAGUGUCCUCGUUUUAUAGCCAUUUUCAUUGUUUCUAUAGUAUAGUAGUUACUAUCCUAGUGUCUCAUUUUUAUUUUACUUAGUUUACAUGUUUUUAAUAAUUGUAAAGCGCUUAGAGCUGUAUGGUAAGCGCUAUAUCAAAAUGCCUAAAUAAAUAAAUAAAAAUAAAAUCAUAUUUAUAUACUGUAGGCUGGAGUAAGUUGCAUCAAACACUUUAUUUACUGUGAAUACUUCAUGAAAAUGUAUACAUUCAGUAAUUUGCUCUGCUGAGAUUUCCACAGUUUGUAAAAGAAAGUUUAUUAUGUUGCAGGUAUUAAAAUCUGGAAUAGUGUAUGUUUCCUUACACACAGGAAGGCAUAUUUCUAAACAGAACUGCCAACUUGUAAGAAAUUUGGCAUUCAAAUAUCAGAGCAGGGGAGCACCACUUACAGCUGCUUUUUUUAGAUUUAACAGUUCAGCAAGUGCAGUUGGAAAUGUUAGCCAAGUAAGUUGUGAGUAACUCCUAUAGUCAUAUUUUUAAAGAAUUCAUUUACAUUCAGGUCAAAAUGUCUAUAGUAAUUUUGAGAAACCCAUUAGUUGCUCUGUUUUCUUUUCUUUUUUUAAAAACCUGAUUAUGUGGAUAUUAUGAUAAACUUUUUAAACGGGAAGAAAUUAGGGUGUCAAAGAAAGCAUUAAUUCCACAUUUCCAUUGUGAUUUUUUUUUAACCUAAUUUACUGGAAGGUUUUUUCUUUUCAGGUUACAGAUUCCUCCAGCUUUAUUAACCCACCUGCAGACUAUAUCCCGCCAGUACCACCCAUUCCUGAUGCUUUAUCUGCAUCAUCAGAUCUGACACAAGCAUUAAAUGCACUUGGAGAACCUACACUUCAAUCUGUAGGCUUAGGGGGCUUAACUCCAGCAGGGUUUGUUCAACAUGGGCUUGAGCUUUUGCAUGCUGGCAUUGGCUUGCCCUGGUGGGGAUCUAUUAUUGUAGGUAAGAUUGAAGGCAUGAAAGAAAACAAAUUUUAGUGUUGUAUUCUAAAAGAGAUCAAGUAAUUUUGUGCUUGACACAGUUGUGCAAAAAUAUAUUUUAACCUUUUGCAUUUGGUUUGUGGGGGAGUUAUCUUACAUUAGUGGUCAAUUUAAAUUAAAAUUCAUUAUGUUACAUUUUUUGCUACAGGUACAUUAAUUGUUAGAACCUGCAUGUUUCCUAUUGUGGUUAAAGCUCAAAAAAUGUCCAUAAACAUGAUGAACCACAUGCCAACUGUUCAAAAGUUACAGUUGAAGUUUUCUCAGGCCAGACAAAGAGGAAAUAUGCUAGAAGGUAAGCUAAUUUUCAAAUUCUGCCAUAUUACCCUUCUAGAUACAGAAUUAUUGUUAAUCUUUUAUUAGCCCAUCGCAUAGUUUCCUUUAAAUUUAUUUGAGGAACUUAAUCUAUUUUUAAAAAAUUAUAAAUUUGGUCAUUCAUUUCAUAAAUUACGUAAUAACUUAAUUUAAUCCUACCUGAUUACCCUAACAAUUUUGGCUUACAAAUGUCUGUUACGAUUGUACACAUAGAUCUGCUAGAGCAACGAUUUUAAGAGACCAGGUUAAAAAAUGUAUUCCUGUAGUUUUACAAUUUAAAAAAAAUAUAGUUUUAGCUCCUUUCUAAAGCUGGCCGAAAUGGACCUAGAAAUAUAUAUACAUUACUUUUUAUGACAGUACGCAGUUCAAUUUCAGUGUAUCCGCCCUUUUUUUAUAAUGAUUCCAAAAAAAAAAGUUUGAAAAAAGUAAUCUCAAUUCUUUAAAAGUAAAUUAUGAAACAAUUUUAUUUAGUAACUACUAAACUUAAAGAAUUUAUAUGAACAAAGCUAGGUAAAAGGAACCUAAUUUUCCACGAGCAUUCCGAUUAAGUGUAGAUUGUUCAAAUCUGUAUCCAGGUUAGUGAAUGGCGCAAGAAGGGUGGGAAGGAAAAAUCAUAUGAGAACUGUAGGAUUGUGGGAAUUUUUUAAAAAGUAAAUAAUACUUUUUUGUUGAGGUAUACAGAUUAAAAUUUUAUACUAAAAAAUAGAAAUACAUAGAAUUUAUAAAACUUUUUUUUAAAAAGACCUUCUAUCAAAGACUGGUUUAAACCACUAAACAGUAAAAAAAAAUACUAAAGUAGAAUUUCUUAAAAUGCAGAAAAUAUUUUUCAAAAAUUAAUACAAAAUUUACCAUAUUUAAUUAAGUUUUUUCUGCAUUCAAAUUCAUUUCAUAUCCAUCUAUACUUCUGAAGUCUUUUUUGGCGUAAGUCAUAUUAAGAAAUUUAAUUAGUUUAUCAUUUUUAGUGGUUUAAACUCGUCUUUGAUAGAAAGUAUUUUUUUUAUAUCUUUUUUUUUACAUAGUUGUGAGUUAUAUAGUGCCUCAUGUUAGCUUUUUUCACCAGCCAUGCGCUAUGGAAGUGAAUUAGGAGAAUAUAUGCAGAGAAAUAAUGUCAAACCAUUUGGUCAACUGAUGAUGCCAUUGUGUCAAGUAAGUUGUUAUUUCCCAGUUUUAAAAUAAAUAUGUUUGUGAGAGCCUGCAUCCCUGGGAAAUUUUAUUUAAUCUUGUAAUCAUGAAACUGGAAAUUUCAGGAAAUUUCAGUCCAGGUUUUAUGUAAAAAAAAAAAUAUUUUUAAGCUCAACAUUAAAAUUAUAAAUAAAUUUUAUGGUCUCAUUUGGAUAUUAAUUUAUGUUGCUCUGAUAAGGAUGGGAAGCAAAAUUAGAAUAUUAAUAAAACUGCAAAGAUAUCCCUGUAUUAUUUUAAUCAAUCAAUUAUUUUCUUCCAGUUACCAGUGUUUUUAUCUGUGUUCAUUGGUCUUCGAGGGAUGGCCAAUUUGCCAGUAGAAAGUAUGAAGAGUGGGGGCUGUCUGUGGUUUCCAGAUCUCACAGUUGCUGAACCCUUCUAUGGACUACCUUUACUUACAGCCAUGACAUUUUGGCUCACAAUAGAGGUUCUGUUGUCAUUAGCACUUUUAAUAUAUUUUUUUUUAAAUGUGUCAAUACUUAGGUAUUAAUAUUGUGUUGCCGAACAUUAGUCCUAUUUUGUUUGUGUUUUAAAAAAUACAUUCUAAAAUAAUUGCCAUGGUGAUUAUGAAAUAAAAUUUGCUAAGCAAUACAUGACAGCUGGUCCUGACUUAUUUGUAAGACCUCUACUCUAAGGCAGAUGUCCGCCUACCAUGACCUGCAGCCAAAUUGUGCUCCAUUACCCCCUUUUUAUAUAGCUCCUGAGCCGAGAAUGAGUUUUAAAUUUUGUUGCUCCUAAUCGUUUAUUUCACUAGUAUCUAUAAAGUUCAAUAUACUAUAUUGUAUGUCAAGUACACUAGAUUAUGUACAACUUUUGCCUGUAGAUUUUAUAGAUUGAAAGAGGCCAAGACCACACAACAUUAUGAGGCCAUGAAUAUAUUUUAAAAUGGCAAUCUAGAUAUUUAGACAGUCUUUAAUUUUUUUUUUAAAUUUACAUUUAAGAGCAGCAGUCUUCAUUCAUUAAUGCUUACCUUCAGAUGAUUUUUAAUGAUGAAACCUAGAAUGUUAUCUGUAGCCAAUAUUUAGAUAUCUGUGUAUAAAUUUGAAAGAAAACUAAGCCAUAACAAAAUAGCUGAGCCAUUCCACCACACCCUUGAUUCUCUUUGUGUCCAAUUCAUCAUUAAUCAUGAUUACUUGCUGCAAAAUAGUUACAUUAAGGGUGUGAGGAUGAGGAGAUGAAUAUUAUUUUAAUACCUUAAAUCAAAUCCAAAAAGACAUGAAGAACUAUCAGACUGGUGGCUGACUUCUACUCCAAAGCUCAAAUAAUGUGCCAGACACCCAGGAAAUCUUACAAAAAAAUAUAACGAGGGAGAGGAUGUAGAUACACUAUGGUCAGCCUUCAAAAAUACCUUAUCCAACAGCAUAUAUCAAAAUGUCGCAUCAGCGAUAGCAAAGAAUCCAUGUAAUCUACCAUGGCUGAACACACGGCUCAAAAAGCUGCUGAAGAGAAAGAAAAGACUAUUGAAGAAAGCCCAAACUACCAAAAACUGGACCCUGUACCGCCAGUUCCAGAAACAUUGUCAUAGGGAACUAAGAAGAGGAGAGUGGCAGUGCAUAAAUGGAUUCAUUUAAGAAGACCUCGAAAACAAUAGCACAAAACCCUUCAGGCGCUACAUUAAAUCCAGGAAGCAAGACAUUGGCGUAGCCCCCCUUACUAGAAAACGGGCAACUCUUAAGACAGUUUCAAUCCGUCUUCCCCAAAAUUUCCACCACAGUCAUACCAUCCUUAAAACCUUCACCUGGUACAAUAGGCCCCCUCAGCAUAACUGAACCAGAAGUAGCCAAACUUCUCAAAAACCUGAAGCCCAAUAAAGUGCUCGGACCUGACUGCAUCCCGAACAUUGUCCUGAAGACCCUGGCUGGCAACAUUGCCCCAAACAUAACCCACAUUUUACAAAAGUCGCUUGACUCUGGCAAACUCCUGCUAGACUGGCUUGAUGCAAAUAUCACUAGUGCCUACAAGAAAGGUGACCGUCAUAACCCAGCAAACUACCGCCCAAUAUCCCUGACCUCCUUCCCAUGCAAAAUUCUAGAACACAUCAUCUGAUGCCACAUCAUGAACCACCUUGAACACCACAACUUUUUGACCACCCUAAGCCACGGUUUCCGCUCUGGAUUCUCAACAGAAACUCAUUUAAUCAUCACCACGAAUGACCUCCUUGCCUCCUAUGACAAAGGUACCCAGGUCGACAUGGCAAUUCUCGACUUCUCCAAGGCCUUCGACACUGUUCCACAUAGACUUCUUCUACACAAGCUCCACCACUACAGCAUUACCGGCAACCUUCACUCCUGGCUCUCAACAUUCCUAACACAACAUACCAUGCAAGUAGUGGAAGACGGCGUCUGAUCAGGGAAAGCCACCAUAGACUCAGGAGUUCCUCAAGGCACAUCAUCUGGGACCCACACCUAAAGCAAGACGUGUACAAGAUGGAGCGAAUCCAACGUAACGCAGUGCGCUUCAUCGCACGUGACAACAAUCCACCACUUCUGGCUUGGUCACUGGCCUCUUAAAAAGAUUUGACAUCCCCUCCCUUAAAGACUGGCCAGAAAAGGUCCGCCUAAUAUUCUUAUUUAAAGUGGUCAUGGGGUUAGUGCCGGCCAUCCCAGCACACACAUACCUCACCCCAUAGAAGCCAGGUUGAUUAAUCAGAGCCAAACGCUCACUGAACACUGAUUUCACGACUGACAACCCCAUAAACAAUUAACCCGAAACAAUAGCAAAUGCUUCACUGUGCCUCAGUGUAACACAGUUCAGUAUAAACAAUCAAUCUUCCCAUGCCCAAUAAUUGCUUGGAACCGCCUGGACAAUACCACUGUGGACUCGACGUUGGUCGAAAGCUUCAAAGCUGCCCUGACAUCUGCUAGGAGCUGUUAGAAUAGCAACAUCGCUUCCCCUACGGUUGCACAGAUGCCAGUAUAUGGAUGCAGCAACGAACACAACCAGAACCAUUUCCAGGCUGCAAAUGCCUCCCAUUUAAUCUAAAUGAUCUUAGUGAUUGAUGAAAUUUAUUGAAUUAAGUAUUCCUUGUUGCCAGCUUAACAUAAUAUAAUGCUGUACUUUUUUAAAAAUGUUUCUUAUUUUUAGAAUUUAUUUUGCAGGCUGGUGUUGAUGGAAUGAGUGCACAGUCACAGACCCAUGUAAUGAAAUGGUUUCUGAGAGCUAUGCCUCUGAUCAUGCUGCCUUUUAUAAUGAAUUUUCCCACUGUAUGUAUUUUUAGUCUUUACUUUAGCCUAAAUAAAACUGCAAGUCUUUUAAAACUGAAUUUUUUAGUUAGGAUCUUUAAGUUACUAUCUGGCAAAAUGAAAACUGAAAAUUCUUUUAAAAACAUGAUUCUUAAAAUUUGAAUAUUAAGAUUAAUGUUCCUCAAAUCUUAUGUUGAAUUUAUUUGCAUAUCAUUUCAGGCCAUGUUAGUCUACUGGUUCACAUCAAAUGCGUUUUCACUUAUCCAAGUGCUGUUCCUUAAAAUUCCAAGAGUGCGGCUAUACUUUAAUAUCCCAGAGAAAGUUAUUCAUCCAACUGUAUUAACAGAAAAAAAAGGAUUUCUUGAAGGUUUUCAGGAAUGUGAGUAAUGAAUGAAAAUUAGGAAGGGAUAUUUAUUUGAAGCAUAAGCAAAAUGACUUUGUAAGUAAAGAUGUCAUUGGUAUUGCAAAAUUGGUGUUUUAUUUACAACACUCUUAAAAAACGAUACAUAAAUAUGUGUAACUUGUUUAACUAGGACGUUAAUUUAGAUGCUUGCAGAUUUUUAUAACACCCAAAUCUUAACCUUUAAGUGCUGAAAUAUUCAUUUUGAUUCGUGCCAACAGCUUACAGUAACAUGAAGGCCUCACAGCAGGUCAUGGAAAGACAAAGACUAGAUGAAAUUAGUUAUCGCAAGGCUGCCCAAGGCCCAAUCACCAAGACAUACCCAUUUAACCCCAAGAAACUUGAACCAAGUUUGAUUAAACACGAUCCAAUAGUAUCCAAACCUAAAUCUUAACCUCAGAUCAAAAAUGCAUUGUACAUAGAGUAGUUUUUGUGAUUUAUCUGUUGGAAAUAAAUAAAAAAAAUUGAAAUCAUUAAACCUUAUUUUUCUUUACUAGAAUUUUCUGAACAAAUAUUGUUUGCUGUCCUAAAUCAAAAACAUUUUAGUUAACUUUAUUCAGAAGAAUAAGAGGGCAGAUUUAUAAUGAAAAAAAAAAAAAAGCUUCACCACAUGAAUUUAUCAUAGUAUCCAGGUGAAACUAAAAUAGCUAAAUGUUUGUACAUCAUCUAUACCUGUCCAAUAUCAGAAAAUGUACAUUUGCGUUGACCUUCAUUUACUACUCACAAUGCUCCAUGUGCUACUUAAGCAAAUGCACUUGGCAUCAGUGCUCAAAGUCCUUUGGAAAUUUUCCUAUAUCCUAGGAAUUCAUGACCCACUGGAGAAUAAUUUCAAAAACCGAAAAUACCAUGGAAAAUUUUAUAUGAGAGGGUUGGGAGAGAAAGGGAAACAUUUGACCUGAAAGAAAUGGGGAAGUUUAAUUCACUCGUCCAGGAAUCUUUGUGAUGGAUUUAACUUUUUAACACCCUGAUCAUAUUAACAUGGUAAUUAAAAGUUGCAGUUCAUUUAGGCUCUGGUAAACCGAGCCCACUAAAAACUACAUUUAAGGGUUUGUAAUGAUAGCAAAACGUUCACACAGAGGUUUUUAAAAAUAGUUAUAAAGCAGGAAAAUAGAGAUUUCUUUUUUUUAAAAUUCAAAAAGUUUGUAGUUGCUAUUUAAAAUUUAAUGGGUUUUUUGGGGUGCUUAUUGGGACCUGAAUGAAAGCGCAUAUUAGUUAUAAAUGGAGGUUUAAUUAGUUGCAUUACAUAAAUAUACUUUGUGAAAACAGAGACAAGGCCGAUUCAAAUAAUCAAAUUCAUGCUGAACAGGGUUGUCUAUGCAAUGAAAUCUUAAAUUAUGGACAAAUAUUUCAAAUCUUCACAAUUUUUUAAUGAUACUAAAAAAAAACAACCAAACAAUAAGGCUAAAAAGAUUCUAACUCCUUAUGACUAUGUAGUAUGUUUCUAGGAAUAUGUUUAUCUACAGGACUAUGCAGCUGCAUCACUAGGGUUGGUGUCACCCGGUUCAUUGAACUCAUAGUGUCACCCCACCUCCAGAUUCUACCCCUUCCCCAAUCUCCCAACUUGCAAUAUAUAUCAGAUCAUAUAAUUUAAUUAUAAUGAAGUUUCUAACAGAAAAACUGGA